AAUUAUUGUCAGAGCAACACAAACUUGCAACGCAGUUACAUAAAACGAAAGGAUAAAAAAAUUAAAAACAGACAAAUUUUGAGGAUACUUAUAGACCUCAGAGUAUUAUUUUGCCUACCCUGAACAUUUGUUCACGAGCCGCCACUGUAGUGACUGUAGUCCAGUCAACCUCAACCAGGUUUCACCUACGGGAAACCCUUUUCAUUAUGCCUCACAUCCUCUCGUUUUAAAAGGAUUUGCCGACGUUGCUUCACCUGUUAUUGGAAUUAUGAACGAACCGCCACUUACUACUAGGCCAAAUUAUGCCGAGCAUGCCUUCAAUUUGAAUUCGCGCAUGGACACUGAUUUGUUUAUUGGGCAAAAGUCGAAAUCCCCGCGAAUUACAAUUUGUUAAACCUGAUAUGAGUGAAAGCGUUUUCGCCCAAAAAUAUACAAAUCAUUUAUCAAAUGUAUAACGAGCGUAUGGUUUAUUAUAGUACGUCAAGGAUGUAUCCUGCCUGUGUAUUAUUUUUUUGGAUCCUAAAAAGAAGUGACAUGAACUAGAUAACGUGCGAUGACGAAUAGUCCGUCUUAUCUCGUGUAUCUCAUUGUCUGCCAGUACGAGAAACUUGCUGUUAUUUUUGUAAAGCUGAUAUUGUGCCCGCACAACACCGAAUAUGAUUUAGGCGUCGUCCUGUGCACUUGCUUGAUCCCAGUUUCUUUGUAACACUGACACAGCUGUGAUAACAGUUCCUAUCAGACAGGUCAUUGUCAUUAGUUUUCAUUGACGUUAUUUACCUCACUGAACUCGCUGUAAACGCAGGAAGCGAGUUAAAAGAUUGUUUUUUGAGUCAUGACAUUAAAUACUCAAAUUUCUGGUAUAGCGGAACUUUACGCUACUAUGAAUUACGAUCAGACCAGGGAUGUCUUUCCUUUCGCCAAGAAAUGGCUCGCAGGUAGAGAUCCAAUUAAAUGUUUUUACAAUGGAAAACUGGAACUGAUAUCGAAAAGUAGUACUACAUGUAAAACUCAAGCUGUAUAUGACCUGAGUAAUGAUGAUUAUCUAUUUUCAUUCAUUGCCCCUUCAUUAGAAGAUUUUAAUAAUGUGGUACAGUCAGUAUUAUUGGGGCAAAGAACGUGGAGUAAUUUGGAUCAGCAUUCUAGAGGCAAAUUCAUCUCCAGAUCCAAAUGACAAAUUGUCAAGGUUAGCAAAGAAGCUUGAUGAGCAGAAAGAUACAUUUGCUGAAGUUGAAGCUCUUGUUAGUGAAGCUCCCCUUUCUGAAGCAAAGAAGGAAGUAUCAAGAGCAGCAAAAUACUUCAAUUAUUAUGCUACAUGGGCUCAUGCUUUUACAAAGAAAAUCGAAGAUCCAGAAGACGGUCCCUUAGUUGUAGUCUUUUCAAAGCCAGCACCUGCCCUUGCUCUGGCAGCUGUAGUGGCUCCUGCUUUAGCAGCAGGUCGGACUGUAAUACUGAAUCCUGUUCUGGAAGCAUCAUUGGCAUCAAUUUUGUUUGCAGAACUUUGUUCUGAUGUGGGGUGUGUACAGUAUACAGUAAUCUGUUGGAUGCCUAAGCUUAGGACAAGCAAAAGCCAUACAUACAUUUUUAGAAUGAAAUUACAUACCUAAGAAUUUUAUGUCUCAAACAUGGGUAUGAACCAUAGUGAUGUAACAGUUUGUUUAUGUUCACAGAAAAAAACAACGUAUUUGUAUAUUUCAUGGUUUGAAUAAAACAAAAAAAUUAAAAUAUUCAAAGGUUUGAGACUUAGCUGCAGAUACGGGUUCAGGAAAUAGUCCUGUGUCUUUCCCCCUGCUCCUCCUCUUCCUCCUCCUCGACCUCCUUCUUCUUCUCCUCCUCCUCUUUCUCUCCUUUCUUCCUUUUCUUCUGCUUCAUCUCCUCCUUAUCUUCUUCCUCUUUCUUUCCCUUUUCUUCCUUCUUUGUCUUCUCCUCCUCGUCCUCCUUCUUCUUCUUUUUCUUCUUCUUAUCUUUCUUGUCCUCCUCUUUCUCUCAUUUCUUCUUUUUCUUCUUCUUCUCUUUUUCUGUCUCCUCUUCCCCUCUCCUCCUUCUCCUCCUCUUCCUUCUCACCGGUGCCUCAGCUAAUAUUUAGGUUAUUGACCUUUGCAGGGAUUGCUACCACAGUAGAGAGUGUAAUGCACAUAAAUCAACUGUGUUGCCUAAUAAAACAAUUGCCAGUGCUAAGCAAGUAUUUUUAACUUAUUUGUUAUUUGCAUUAUAUCACAUUGAGGAGUAGUGCCUUUGAUAAAGUUAUUAAAACUGUUAAACCAUUUUCAUUCUCCUGUCCAUGAAUGGAAAAAGAAUCACAACAAAAUAAAUCAUUAGUAAAUAUUUAAAGUGAAUGCUUGAAAGAAUGAUCCCUUGAAGAUACUAAAAUAUUUAUGGAUUAAACAUGAAUUAGGAGUAUUCCCAAUUAAAAAGUCACUAAUAUUCAAAUUAUAUACUGUUUAGUAUAAGUGAAUUGUGUAUCCACAACAAAUAUUAAAUAGUGUAUAAAUGACAUUAUGGUAGUAUAAGUGACAAUUUUAAAGGGCAAUGCAAAGAUGCUUGACCGUAAUUUGUGUGCUGAUCACCUGAAACAUCCUGCCUGUGAUUUUCAGCAACACUUAACUAUUGCAAACCAGUUUCAUUAUUACACACCUUCAUCAGAACAUUAUCUUCACUUUUGAACAAAUCAUCUUCUGAUAUCCUUUCUUCAGUCAUUUCAGAACUGUACUCAUUAGAUUUAUAGGCAUUAUUGCUGAUAUUUGAAACUGCUUCCUUUAUUAAACCUGACUUGUCAGGACUGUCAGCCAUCUUGCCGGAUACAGUUUUAAAUGUGACGAAUUCAGUUAUACUUCCUGCUGCUAGACAACAGCAGUUGCCAAUAAUCACUUGCUCCUGAAAAUCAUCAUUCCAGGCAAUGCUGACAAUUAACUUAAAUCAAUAUUUUUUAAUGUUUAUAGUUCUGAUUGUUUGCACUAAGAUAUAAAUUUCAAUUCAUUUGUUUUUUGUUUGUUUAUUAUUUAAUUUACUAAUUUAUUUAUUAUUUGCAAAUACUUUCCAACAAAAGAACUUUUAAAAUGUAUUAAUGUCCUUUGCACCUAUCUAGUUUUAAUGUGUUGAGCCCCACCCAAUAUUCAUAUAUUUCACUUGUUUGUGGUAGCUUCAAAAUCAGUUUGAGCUUUUUUAAACCAUAUGAUAUUCAUUAUUGUGUAGCAGUGAAUGAGUGACUUUUAUAUAAUUUGUAUUGUUUUGCUAAGAGAAAUUGCUGAAUGUAGCAUCCUGGAAUUUGGGUAAACCAAAUUAUCAUAAUUUUGUUUUUUAAUAUUGUCUCAAAGUCUGAUUAAGAAGCAGUUAUAUUUAUGAUCCAUGCUCAUGAUUUUUAUUUUUUUCAAAUUGGUUCAGCUUUAUUCGUUCUAUUUGUCGUAGCUUUCUGUCACUCUCAAAAAUAUGGCUGAUGCAAAUUUUGUUUCUAAGUAUUAAUUUUUAUGUUGAUAUUUGUAAUUUUUGUUCCCUAGCUUACCUCCAGGAGUUGUGAAUGUGAUUCCUGGACCUUUAGAAGGAGCUGGAGAAUUAAUUGAGAAGCAUGUGGGGAAGAUUGCUCUUUGGGGCAGCAAAAACAAGACUGAAAAAGUGGCCAAUUUUGUAUCUGAAAUAUCCUGUUCUACUAUACCUUUUUAUUAUGGUAAAUGUAUCAGUAUAAUUUUUGACUCCUCUGACCAGUCAUCUGCUAUAGAAAUACUCCUGAAAAAUAUGAGUUUUAGUUACCAACAGAUGCCAUGGUGUGUGAGAACAAUUCUAGUUGAAGAAUCAGUUUUUCCAACAUUUGCUACAAUGUUGAAAAAUAAACUUAAUUCCCAAAAAGUAGGUAGCUGUCGUGAUCAGGGAAUUGAUAUCAGUCUUCCUAAACGGUGUGAUCCAAAUACUUCCAGCUUUUUGAAAGAGGCUAUUCAUCAUUUUUCUCAAAGAGGAAUUGAGGUAUUUCAACUUCCUGUUGCUGACACCCUUUUCUUUCCUCCUACUCUAAUCAUAGGAACAGACGCUGAAAUGAAUAGCAUUGUUAAAGAUUAUGAAGUGUUGCCCUUUGUGGCUGUAAUGCCAUUUCGAAACUCCAAGGAAGCACUUGAGUUUGCAAAUAAAAGCCAUUUUGGAGUUGCUGCUUCUGUCUGGACAUCCUGUGUGUCUUUGGCAAUGUAUAUGGCUUCAAAUUUGGAGGUUGGAACAGUAUGGAUAAAUGAUCAUGGUAUUUUAGAUCCAUCAGUUUCCUUUUCUUGUAGGAAACAAGGGUUCGGAUGUAUUGGGAGCCUUAGAGGUUUGCAACAGUUUCUCCCACUUGAAGAAAAAUACCCUUAUUCGCAAGAUUUAGGCACUGAUAAGAUCACGGUCAAAUCACAAGUGCUGAAGCAGUAUUUUGCACAUUAUGGAGGGGCUGUUAAACAAACGACUGGUGACGCCCAGUUUACAGUUUUGACAUCUAGCGGAAAUAAUUUCCUUGUGCAUGAAUGUGAUCAGAAUGAUGUUAAAAAAGCAGUUGAUACCGCUCGGGUGGCCCAGCAAAAAUGGUGGAAACUUGGUAGUAACACCAGAGCUGAUAUUUUACUCAAUGCAGCUGACAAGUUUCAAGAAACAUCCAAAGACUUUCUGAAGUUUUUCAAAAAGUCAACUUCUGAAGGUGAGAAAGAAUUGGAAAAUUGCGUGAAGUAUUUUUAUUAUUGGGCAUCAAGAUGCAACAACAUGAUGUCAAUUAAGAAUGAAAAUCCUAUGACUAAUUAUGUAGUUCAGAAUCUUAGAGAACCAAUGGGAGUAAUUGGUGUUGUAGAUGAAAAUUUUUCAGAACUUGAAGCUUUUGUUCUUGCUGUGUUAAGUGCAACAUCUUUUGGUAACAGUGUUGUAAUUAUUCUUAACUGUAGAAAUCCAGUUCUUGCCAUUGAGUUUUGUGCAUUUUUGUCAAGUAUGAAAGUGCCACCUGGCCUUGUAAACGUACUUCCAGGUUCCAAAUGUGCUUUGUAUCCUGAACUUAUUUUCCAUAAAGAUGUACAAACAUUAUGGUAUUCUGGCAAUAAUAAAGAUUCUUUGGGUAAUCUUCAUAAAAUGGCAAACAAAGCAACAAAAUGUUUGUGGAAAUUACCCAACAGUAGUGCUUGGGAUGCCACUGAUUUUGAGUAUGCUGCAUCCUUCACAAAAGCUGUUUGGCUACCCAGUGAAAAUGCAAGUUGCUAAUAUUUUCAAGGCUGAGCAUUUAAUUUCUCUGUAAGUAAUAAUGGGUAUAUAAGUGAAACAAUGAGUUGUUAGGUUUUUAUUAAAAAUGGGUUCAUCUGUUAUGCAUGAUUGACUGAAAUGAAUUACCUUGUGAUAAUUUUGAUGCAACAAAUUGUAAAUGAUUAUUUUGAAUUCAUAUAAAAUACAUUUUAAAAAUGUUAUAGUUUGUUUGUGAUAUGACCUUUGGAGUGAUUGUUGUAUUCAGCAAUGUCCAUU